AUGGUCUUCCUCGUAGAAUCUCGAUCACUAGGCCUCCAGAUACAGAAAACAUCGUUACGACCAGUUGCACAGACUUUAAUUGGCCAGAUUUCGUUAACCUUCCGAGAAUGUCAUUCAACGUUUGUAGGCUUCUUUAAUUUGGAUUCUCCGGUUCGCAAAUCACAUCUGUUGAAGGCCAUUCCAUCAACUGGCUUCCGUCCUUUCUUCUCAUCUACCCCGCUAGCACGUGGUUCGCAAUUUCGCAAUUCCCAAGCUGGCAAACAUGUGUAUGGCAAAAACAGACCGCAACAGCCACAGCAACGGCAACAGCGACAAUCCCAACACAAUCAAGAUAAUUACCAAUACAUUCGUAACGGCCCUCCCCCUCCCAAAACCCGCAGACCCGGCUCUAGCUACCCACUCGCGGUCGCCAUCGCCGUAGGAUGUACAUACCUAACCUUCAGCUACAACCAACUGCACCCUGGACAUCCUUCCUUUCCGCUCCCGGACAUACUCUUCCUAUUCACGCCCCGCUUCAUCGAGAGGCACUUCAUUCUUUCGCAACGAAAUAUCGACGAAGGACGUCUCCACACCCUGCUCACCAGCAGCUUCAUACACAUCACCUACCCACAUCUCGCUAUGAACAUGUUUGGCCUCAUAACCCUAGCACCGCUGGUCAAUCCCGUAACAUUCGUCGCCGUCUGGAUCGGCGCCGGUAUCUCUUGUUCGCUGGCCACGCUGUAUACGUGGAAACAUGGUCUUCCGUUCACCCAUAGCAAUAAUUCCUUGUACUCGGCAGAUCGCGCUUGUGGUGCUUCGGGUAGUGUGUUAGGUCUCGUGUCGUUGCUCGCGGUUCAAUAUCCGAUGAUAUCCUGGCAGAUAAUGCUUAUACCGAUAGGGUUUCCCGCUUGGCUGUUGGUGAGUGCAGAGGCGGGUUAUAGUGUUCUGGCGCUUAAAUAUGGGUGGCAUAAGGGAAUUGGGCAUGCGGGACAUUUGGGAGGUACGGCUUUUGGUAUCUUGGCUGGUAUUGUGAGUAUGAGGUUUGGCAGGAGAAGGUUUUAA